AUGCAGUACCCCUCGUUCCUACUCACCGCCCUCUUGGCCACCAUUCCCAGAGUUAGUGGAGAAUGUCACCGCUCUGGAGAAACAUGGGGCGGAGACAAAUUCACUGCCCUGGAAGCAGCCCAGCGCCUUUGCACCGACGGCAGCCUAGCCGAGACUGACUAUCGCUACGGAGAGUUCAAGACCUUCUGUGUUAAUCUGAGCACCUUGAAGAAGGUAGACUUUACUGUCAUGGUCGGUAGAAACGUGAUUGGGGAUGGGCUCCGUAUUUCCUCGGCUGAUUGCACAGAUCGACUCCACAGGGAGAUCAAUGGCUGUGAUCACGGGGGCAGGUCUUCUUAUGAACAAGGGGAGGGCGGUCCUGAAGGAUCUAAUCCUGUCUGGGAUUUCUCUGCUGAUCCUGGUUCGGGCCAGUGUGCUUAA